AGAUGGCGUAUGUAAAAGCUUGGAGACCCCAAAUAUUACAUACCCGGGACUCUUGCAUCCAUUUCGAUUAUAGCCUACUUAGUAGGUUAGCUUAUCCUCAACCACACAACACCAUUCAGCCGUCGCGGCGGGAAUCUCAUAAUUCUCACCAUGGCCUCGCAACGCGUGCUAGCCACGCCGCCCUCCCAAGAUGCCAUCCUUAAUUCCUUCCUCGAAGAUGUCCGCGCUUUCAACAAGCGCUCGCCGCACUCCUACGUCGGCAUGCGCGAGUGCCCUUUUGACGCGGAAAUGCCCCUACUUCUCAAUCCGCCUAGCGAGCCCGUCGCGUGCAGAGAGCCGCUCGCCUUGUUUGAAGCCGUUAACGCCCACUUUUCAGCUCAAGUACACGCCCUUUUUAACGCACUGCAUGGCUUUGAAGACGCAGCUAACAAACAAUCAUCCGACGAGCUGGACUUCAUCCGCCCAGACGAAGGCCUUUGGCUUGCCAUUCGCCUUAUCAAUCAGUCUUACGACAUCUACCCGGACUGCUUCCAUCGCACCUUCCACACCCGCCGCCUCACCGUACAGAACCUGGACAGCCUACCUCUCCUUCAGCACGUUACCCAGCUCCGUAUCUUCUCCGCCCCAAAUUACGCUUUUGAGCCAAUGUUGAGCACGGCCCAUAUGCGGCCCGUCUCUCCGCGUGUGCCCCUCGAACUCGCCGCCCGCCUCCCGCACCUUCGCGAGCUCGAUUGCCCCUGGCUAUGGGAGAGCCUUCCUAUUGCCUUCUCAUCCCAGGCGUUGCGCAGACUCUUACGCGUCUGGGAAGGUCCUUGGCGCGAUUCCCGCGCCGAGUUCGGGCGGGGUUUGCGCCAUCUAAUGCCUUUGUUGCCAUCCACCCUUACCAAGGCGCGUCUCUGGUUCUGGAAGCCCAACCCAAGGGGGGAUGAUACGGACCAAGCGGCGCAAAUGCCUAACCUUGUCGGUGCGUCGUCAUCGUCGUCGUCGACCUCCGAGUUUGAAGGCAUGGACCCUGUGUCUCUCGGACUACGGAGCCUGGGAAGUCGCCUCGAGGAACUAGACAUCCGCGCGCUCAUUACCCCUAAUCUUUUCCACGACGGUGGUGAUAAUAGUGUAACAGCUUCUUCCUUGUCAUGGCCAUAUAUGCAGCAUCUUAAGGUAGAAUUCCACCCUUGCGCGCCCGAUGGGGGCUGGUACUUUUCGGGCCCGAGAAACGAAGAUCCCCACCCGAUAGGUUUCGCUGUCACGAGAGAAGAGCACUACCCGCCCGGCCAAGAAGACAUUGAUGAGACGCACGAACUGUUGUCCCGCGAGGAGGACGAGUUCACGGGCGAGGAUGAGAUGUACCUCGACCGCCUGCCCGACAUGUUCCGUACGCUCCCUAUCAAGGAGCGUAUUAACCCUUUGCUUUUGGCAUUUGCCUCUUCUAUCCAACGACAAAAUAUGCCCACCCUCCGAGACGCCGAACUGUUCGCAUGGCUUACGUGGCAGCCCUCCGAGGAGCGGACUCAGGAGUAUGAAGGCAGUGACGACGCGCCCGCUUCCGCUGAAGAUGGGGCCGUUUUGUUUCGAUGGGGGGUGCGAUAUAAUGCGCCUAUAGGAGAUGGGAAAGGAAAAGUGACGUGGCAGGUCGGUGAGGACUGGAGGCCAAGCGACGAAAUCAUGAGAGCGUUUGAGCAUCUUGUGGGAGUUGACAGCGAGAACAUGGAGUGGGAAGCUUUCGAGUUUGUAGAAGAAAGAGAGCUGGAUCCACUUGUUUUUAUCUUAUAAGAUUAUAGAAUCAACAGGGUAGACAGCUAGAACAUGGGCCACUUUUGUUUUUUCUUUCACCAAUAAAAAUCGAUUAAUUGCGCUCACAGCUACC